AUACAAGAUAAAUGAGUACAACAUAAUAAAUAGUAAAAUACGCAUACGCCUGUGGAAGUGGAAAUCAGCAGCUGAAAACGAAAUCAAUUCAAAAUUUCAUCGAUCAACGAAAAUGGGUCACGCUCUAUUCGAUCUCGAGCAAGUUCUAUUCUCAAAAAAAGAGCAAUUGACACCUGAAGAAACAAAUAUGAUGAUGACGUGGAGGGCUACCGGUUUGAAAGAGUUCACCAAGGGUUUCUGCACCGGUUCAGUGUUGAGUUGGCUCGCCACCCGGAGGCUAAGUACGUUAUAUCGCGUAAACCUAGCAGUUAGUGGUGCUGCUGUUUACGGAUUAUAUAGAUUUGGUCGGUCUGCUGAAAGAACUGUUACGAAUAUUCUUGCACUGGAAGGAAGUCGGCUACAAAGUGAGAUGGCCAACAUAAUGUUGAAGAAGCAUCAAAAUGAACCUUGGGUAGUUCAGUCUCUCUCCAAACGUUUUUACUCGGAAGAAGUUUACGAUGAUUCAUCUGUAGACAAGCCCUCGCUUAGGUGGCGCUUCCGAAACUUUUCUGGAGACCCCAUUACUCAUUCUCAAAACACAACCUACACCGACGAAACUAAUUCAAAUGAAAAUAAUUUCAAGAACACCACCACUAUAGAGCCCAAGCAAGUUUACGUGAAUGGCGGUGGAAAUAAUACUACAGAGAGUCCAUUUGAUCUCGUGUUUGGGUUUCGUGAAAAUGUGGAAAUUGCUCCACAACCCGAUUCACCGAGCAGCGCACUAUCUAAAAAGUCGAAGCUCAAAGAGAAACGAAUGCGCCGUAGGCGUAGGAGGCAUCAUCAUGAAGAGGAGGAUUCGGACAUUUGACAUUUGAUUUUCUUGCCAGGUGGCGAGCCGUGAUUGUGGGGGAACGAAUCUCUCUUUUUUCGAUCCGUUUUAUGGUGAAAAAUAAGUUGAUGCUUUUAUAUCCGUUAAAACCUCGUCCGCAUUGUAUGAAACAUUUGGUGUGAUUGCAAAACCAUGUACAUUAUUACUUGUUCAGUGAUGGUUGUAUGAUCAUUUCCAUUCUUAAA